UUUUCAUGCCACAACUACUCGGAGAGUAAAAAGGUAAAACUCGCAGCCCUUGAGUUUACUGAUUAUGCUCUUGUUUGGUGGGAUCAAAUGCAAAAGGAACGGGUUAGGAAUGGUGAACGUCCCAUCACAACAUGGGAAGAGAUGAGAGCAACCAUGAGGAGAAGGUUCGUUCCAUCCUAUUAUCGUCGUGAGCUUCACAACCAUCUCCAACGUCUUACUCAAGGUUCUAAAAGUGUUGAUGAGUACUACAAGGAGAUGGAGAUUGCCAUGAUUCGAACUAACAUUAUAGAGGACAAUGAAGCAACUAUGGCUCGUUUCUUGCAUGGGCUCAAUCGGGAAAUCGCCGAUGUUGUGGAGAUGCACCACUAUGUAGAACUUGAAGAGAUGGUACACCAAGCCAUCAAGGUGGAACAACAACUCAAGCGAAGAGGACAUUUGAGGAAGACUUCUAACUCGUCGGCAUUCGGUCCAUGGAAGAACAACCCCAAGAAAGACACCCCUACUACAUCAAGAUUCAAGCAGACAGAUCCUAAACAUGAUGACAAAGUUGCUACCAAAAAGGUACAACCUGAACCCAAUUCUUCAAGAAAUCGUGAUAUAAAGUGUUUCAAGUGCCAAGGAAAAUGACACAUAGCAAGUGAGUGUCCUAACCGACGUACAAUGAUCUUCAACAAUCAUGGAGAGUUGGAAACCGAGGAAGAAAUCAUCGACAAAGAGGAAUCAUCAAAAGAAGAUGGUGAUGGAGAGUAUGCCGAAGAAGGAGAAUUGCUUGUUACUAGAAGAACCCUUAGUGGCCAGAUGUUGGAGGAAGAUAAUUGCCAAAGAGAAAACUUGUUCCAUACACGCUGUCAAGUUCAUAGAAAGGUAUGUAGUAUGAUUAUUGAUGGUGGAAGUUGUUGCAAUGUGGCAAGUACUGAAUUGGUUCAAAAAUUAAGUCUACCUACUUUCAAGCACCACCGCCCGUACAAGCUUCAAUGGUUGAAUGAGUGUGGAGAGCUGAAGGUGACCAAGCAAGUAAAGGUAUUUUUUUCAAUUGGAAGAUAUAAGGAUGAGGUUUUAUGUGAUGUUGUACCAAUGAAAGCAUGCCACAUACUGUUGGGAAGACCAUGGCAGUUUGAUAGGCAAGUAACACAUGAUGGAUUCCAAAAUCGUUACUCUUUUGUGCUUCGAGAAGAAUCAAUAACUCUCAAUCCGAUGACACCAAAACAAAUUUUGCAAGAUCAAAUCUUGAGAGAAAAGAAAAGAGAGUAAGAGAAAGAGAGUUUACUAGUUGCUAGGAAGAGUGAAAUCAAGGAAGCUUUGUUUUCUCGACAAAACCUCAUAGUACUUGUGUACAAAGAGGCUAUGUUGAAUUCUAACGACCUAACCUCUUCUUUGCCUAGUGUUGUUACAUCUCUUUUGCAGGAUUAUGAAGAUGUCUUUCCGGAUGAGAUGCCACCAGGUUUGCCACCCAUUCGAGGGAUAGAACAUCAAAUUGACUUCAUUCCGGGAGCAUCCUUGCCAAACCGCCCAGCAUAUCGUACCAAUCCCGAAGAAACCAAAGAGAUUCAAAGGCAAAUCCAAGAAUGGAUGGCCAAAGGUUAUAAGGAUGGCACAUGGCGGAUGUGUGUCGAUUGUCGAGCCAUUAACAACAUAACGAUAAGAUAUCGCCACCCUAUUCCUAGGAUAGACGAUAUGCUUGAUGAGUUAAAUGGUUCAACUAUCUUUUCUAAAAUUGAUUUAAAAAAUGGUUAUCAUCAAAUUAGAAUAAAAGAAGGAGAUGAGUGGAAAACCGCUUUCAAAACAAAACAUGGGCUUUAUGAGUGGUUAGUUAUGCCAUUUGGACGUAAUGCACCUAGUACAUUUAUGAGAUUGAUGAAUCAUGUUUUGCGUGCAUUUAUAGGCAAAUUUGUGGUUGUGUACUUUGAUGACAUCCUUGUUUAUAGUAGGACUUUGGAAGAGCAUGUAACACAUUUAAAACAAGUCCUAGAGGUUCUAAGAAAGGAAUGGUUGUUUGGAAACUUGAAAAAGUGUGACUUUUGCACUAACAAAGUUAUUUUCCUUGGUUUUGUUGUAAGUAGUGAAGGAAACACAGUUGACGAAGAAAAGGUCAAAGCUAUUCAAGAUUGGCCAACCCCCAUCACUAUUGGAGAAGUGAGGAGCUUUCACGGCCUUGCAAGCUUUUAUAGGCGAUUUGUGAAGGACUUUAGCACCAUGGCAGCCCCAUUGAACGAGUUAACGAAGAAGAAUGUUCCAUUCAAGUGGGGAAACACACAAGAGAAAGCCUUUCAAGCUAUAAAAGAGAAGCUU